CGGCAAUAUCAGGCAACAAAAACAACAUUUUUUUGGUUUAUUUCUUUCGUUUUGCCACUAAACUGAAAAGCGUUGUACACGUUCCGUCGCCCCCGGCAUGGCCUCAAAGAAGAUCGCGCCGGAAAGGCGCCCCUACUGUGAUCCCCGGCUGCAGGAUGCAAAUUAUCGCCGGCAACGUACACUCCACCACAAACGUGUCGCAGAGUCGCAAAAGAAAAGCGGCAAAAGACCCCUCAAUGAUUGUCCCUUCUUCGACUUGAAAUAUGAAUUUGAUCAGCUGCCGCUGGAUCCAAUCAAGGACUUUCUUCUCGAGAAAAUCUCUCACAUGCAAAAUGAUACAAUUGUUGGUCGUUGCAAUCGAGAGUUUGACUUUCAUCUGUAUGAUCUGGAGAAUGUUAAGCAGAAAUACGAGGAUUGUGAUGAUGAUAGCCUGCGGGAACUUCAGCUGGAGGAUAUUGUAAUGCCUGAACAAUUUGAAAUGCUGCGGAAAGCCCAGAAUCAUGCCUACAACUUUGACAACAAUGCUUGUCAUCAAUUUCCCUGGAUUGACAGAUGGAUGGCUGGCGAGCGACCCAGCGAGCACGAAAUUUAUGAAAUGACCAAUCAACUUCUGGAUAUUUACUGCAAAAGACGUGUACGUAUCUUUUAUUUUGACUGCGGCACAAGAUCUUCACUCUGGACCAACAAACUGAGACGUCAAUAUGGUCCGCCCUCUGAGCUGAUUGGCGCCUAUAAUUCACCCCAAGCGAGGCAUCUGCGUGUGACAACCCUUAACCCGCAGACCAAGAAAAAAAGGUUUCAAGCUGGCGAUCAUUAUGCGCUUAGAACGCCACAAGAAUGCCGCAAUGAGUUGGCGCGUAUGGGCAAAAUCAUUGAUAAAAUGAUUGAACCUAUUAUAAAGGAGGCUCAGCAUAGCACUGAUCACGGAUUGCUCAAGUAUUCCAACGAUCCGACCUGCGAAGAUCUAAAUAACAUGGCACGAAAGCGGGUAAGCAAUAUAAUAAAUUUUUUUUAUUUAUUUUAAUUCAAGAAAAAGCCCAAGUGCUCUCUCAGUCAGCCUCGCAUUCAUCGUCGUAACUUUGCUACUAAUGAGGAUUUUUUAAAGUGCCUCAAGAAAAUGGAAGCAACACGCUUUCCUUAUAUGGCACCUUUGCAGCCUGUGGAACCGGAGGAUCAGAAGCUAAAAUUGUUGGUGAAAUAUCAGCGCAAAUUGUUGUCAGCUGAGAAGAAGUUUACAUUGCCAAUACAAAAGCGUUAUAAAUGCCUGUUACAGAGUAUAAGUGUGCUGCAGCUGGAAACAUAUCCAUCUCGACUCAUACGCAAGGCUAUAAGGCAUAUUAAUCCACGUUGCAAAAUGUUGCAGGAUGCCUUCAGAUUCAUAUUGCAGGAAGAGAAAUAUUGGCCUCAACUGCCGCCCGAAGUUAUAUUAAUGGAUUAUCUAUUUGUUGGUGAACGAGCUACAGCCCCCGAUGUGGCCAUUCUCAUCAUCGUUUGCCUUAUCGAUCUGCAGGAGGAUUUUCGUUACUUUGUCAAGCGUGCCUUUCUGCGAUAUCUGCUGCAAUCCAACUUGGAACGCAAGCGCCUACAGCUGGAGGUGGAGCCACCUGAUUUUCCCGCAUUAACCAUCACAUCCCCAGUGCCUUGGCGAACUCGUCUAUUGCUGUCCAAGAGUCGCAUUGGUGAAAUGCUAAUGACAACUCAUCCAACGGUGCAGGCAUUGAAUCUACUCUGGCAUCAACUCUAUGGGGAUCUGGUGAUUGUGGAUCUCUCCAAGUUGCUGCUCUCCCAACGACCCUUAGAUGCGGACAUUGUGCAGACCUUUGUCAAGGAAAGCUGUGCUCAAGUCAGAGACCUGCUGAUCAAUGAUUGGCUGCCACGUUGUGCGGAUUUAAUGGACUUGAUGCGCAACAGCUGGAAGGAUUUGGUGCCCAUGUCGGGCAAGUAUGGAGGACGCGCAGAUACCCUGUUUAAAUGCGUUCACUCGUUGAUGUCCCGUCAUUUAGGCAGUCUGAUUAACAAGAGUCUUACGUAUCUAUUUAAAGUCUUGUGUGGAUUCAAGGAUGGCAAUCAAAUAGAUAAAUAUUCCAUGUACAAUCCAAAGCUAAAACGAAGACCACUGAUGGCACUCACUGUAUCUGUAGUUGGUGCUCAUUUUGAUAAUGAACCCAUUGACUUUGGUCCCGGCAUUAGGCCUGAUGAAAAUAUCUAUGAAUUUGAUGCCGACGAUGCGGAUCCAUUUCAAACUGGACCUGCACUUCAGAGUAUGGACUAUUUGCCCGAUUUCGAUGAUGUGGCGGUAUUUGAAAUAGAACAUUCCUACAAGCUAUAUAUUUAUCCCUAUAUGACGGAGCUGCCAGCUAUUAUUAGGGAUCUCUUUAAGCUCAUUCUAAGGGUUGGCUAUGAGAUACCACGUCUCGAAUAUGUCAUGUCUGGCGGAGUACCGGAAACUGAAGGAUGUCUGCACUAUAUUGAUGAGGAUCAUGUGGAUUUUCUGGCACUCUGCGACAAGGUUGAGGCCAUUGUUAGGGUCAAUUGGCGUGGUGUGAAUGUGUAUUUGAAGCCCAUCUACAAAUAUUAUUAUGGCCUGUUCCAAAAGAUGAUAAUGCCCAUGGUCGAAAAGAUCUGGACAGAUAAUACAUUGCCGGAAUUAGUGGUUGUUCAGGAAUUAAUGAAAAAAUUGCGCGCCGUCAGCGAUACGACCUAUUAUCUGCGUGAUUUCAUACCGUUAAAUUUGUUCCUGCUGGAUAAUCGGCAUGUUAAAGAAUCCUUGCGCAUGUACGUGAGGAAUAUCUACGAUUUCAUAAUUGAUUUUUACAGAGCACUCAAUCUGAACGAGAAUCGCGCCAUCUGUGAGGAGCUCGAGGAGAUGUCGAUGAAGGCCGGCGAGCGGCCGGAGGAAACUCCAGAGGUGGUCGCCCUGCAAAACUAUAUAACCGAGUGCCGUGAGAUGCGCAUAUUCGCCAUAAAGGAUGAAAUCAAGCUUGUGCUGAAGCGCGUUGUAUUCCUGCUGACACAUGCAUACCUGACCAGCGAUGAAAUUCAUCUAAAUUCCCGCACAUUCAUACUACCCGGUGAGUUGGAGGAGGUACUCGAUCUGAGUGCUGCACGUUUGUCUGUGGUCCGUGAUAAUCUGGAGAUGGCAUUGCGCGAACGACGCCUACAAUUCGAGAAGCUCUUGAUCCAAGAGAAACGCACCAUGGAUGGUUUUCGUAUACGGGAAAUACGCGAUGUGCUCACCUUGGAAGAACUCAAGGAGCGUGUGGAUACAGUAGAUGUACUCUUCAAUACGAUUGAGAACUUGAGUCGUGAGGCGAAGGCAAUUAAUGUGGAGGAGGGGCUGCUGCAAAUUGAUGUCUCCGCCUUUCCGCUGCUGGGCGAAAUCAUUGAGAAAAUGGAACCAAUUGAGAAACUAUGGAAAACAUCGUAUGAAUUCGAAAAGGAUUAUCUCAUUUGGAUGUUCGAGCGUUUCGAAUGCCUUAAUGCGGAUGGUGUGCGGGAGCAGAUCGAGACCAUGUUCAAGAUUAUGCACAAGCUGUCGAGGCAGCUGUCCUACAAUCCUGUCGCGAAACGUGCCGCAGAACAGAUGCGCAUUAAAAUCGAAAAGUUUCGAGUUUAUUUGCCAGUGCUAGACUCGAUCUGUCGCCAUGGCCUGGAGAAGCGUCACUGGGACAAGGUAUCCGAGAUACUGGGAAGACAAAUCAAUCCAAAAUUGUAUCCCACACUCAAGGACAUGAUCGAUGCGGAUAUCAUGAGCAUAUUGCCGGAGCUGGAGGAGAUUGCGAAUGCGGCGGGCAAGGAAUACGAUCUCAAUAUGGGAUUGAAGAACAUGCAAUCCGAUUGGCGGGAUGUCAUGUUCGAUGUGCUGCAGUAUCGUGACUCGGACACACAUAUCCUUGCUUCCAUAGACGAUAUACAAACACUGCUCGAUGAUCAUAUCAUGCGAACGCAGGCAAUGAAGCGAUCUCCGUUUAUUGUCGCUCUCGGUUCCAAGGCGGAUGAUUGGGAGGAGCGUCUCUUGCUCAUACAGAACAUCAUUGAUGCCUGGACACAGGUGCAGGUCACCUGGAUGUAUCUGGAGCCCAUUUUCAGCUCGGAGGACAUUAUGCGACAAAUGCCGCUCGAGGGACGCAACUUCAAGGCUGUGGACAAGAUCUGGCGACGCAUUAUGAAGCACACCAUAAAGGACAGACAUGUAAUGGCGGCCACUGAAUAUCCCAGCAUGCUGGAGAUCUUCACCAAGGCCAUUGAGGAUCUGGAGACGGUGCAGAAGGGCUUGAACACGUAUCUGGAACAGAAGCGUCUAUUUUUCGCUCGCUUCUUCUUCCUGUCCAAUGACGAACUGCUGGAGAUUCUCUCCGAGACCAAGGAUCCAAUGCGUGUCCAGCCGCAUCUACGCAAAUGCUUCGAGGGUAUUGGCACUUUAACCUUUGAUGAAGCCGGGGAAAUUACUCAAAUGAUAAGCGAUGAGGAUGAACGUGUUGCUCUGGUGCGCAGAAUUAAUCCUCAAGCGGCCAAUGGCCUGGUUGAGAUUUGGCUUAAAGAGGUCGAGUAUGUAAUGCUGGACAGCGUCAAGGAACAAAUGCGCGAGUCCUGGGAGGACUAUGCAUUGGUCGAUCGCAUUUCCUGGGUUGUUUCCUGGCCUGGCCAAGUGGUCCUUGGUAUUAGCUGCAUGGCCUGGACCUAUGAGGUGGAGGAGGCCAUAGAGAAGAAGGUACUGCCAGCGUACCUGGAAAAGUCCAAUGCACAAAUUGGCGAACUUGUGCAACUCGUCCGCACGGAUCUCCAGGCUGGCGUGAGGAUUGCCGUCGAGGCGUUGAUUGUGCUGGAUGUGCAUGCUCGCGAUGUGGUCAAGUAUCUGACGGAUAUGCGUAUAACCAGCACACAGGACUUUGAUUGGAUGUCACAGUUGCGCUACUAUUGGAAAGUCGAUGAGAAAAAUGAGGACUGGGUGUGUGUUAGUAUGGUGGUCACCGAUGUCAAAUAUGGCAUGGAAUAUUUGGGCAAUUUACCACGUCUGGUGGUUACGCCUCUAACAGAUCGUUGCUAUCGCACUUUGAUGGGCGCUUUAAAGUUGUGUUUGGGUGGUGCUCCUGAAGGACCCGCGGGCACUGGCAAAACGGAGACCUGCAAGGACUUGGCCAAGGCUGUGGCCAAAAAGUGUGUGGUCUUCAAUUGUUCCGACGGCUUGGACUACAAAGCAUUGGGCAAGUUCUUCAAGGGUCUGGCACAGUCGGGAGCCUGGGCCUGUUUCGAUGAGUUCAAUCGCAUUGAGCUGGAAGUGCUGUCGGUGGUCGCGCAACAGAUUCUGACCAUACAGCGAGCCAUUGGUCGCAAGGUUGUGAAAUUCUUUUUCGAGGAUACAAUGCUCAAACUGGAUCCAACUUGUUCCAUAUUCAUAACCAUGAAUCCUGGUUAUGCUGGCCGCACAGAGCUGCCGGACAAUCUGAAGGUGCUGUUCCGCACAGUGGCCAUGAUGGUGCCAGAUUAUGCGAUGAUCGGCGAAAUCACUCUUUAUUCCAAUGGCUUCGAUAUGGCGCGUGUUCUCUCCCAGAAGAUCGUGCAGGCUUACAAGCUGUGCUCGGAACAGUUGUCAUCCCAAUCGCAUUACGAUUAUGGUAUGCGAGCCGUGAAAUCCGUGCUCUUGGCCUCGGCAUCGUUGCGUCGACUUUACGCUGACCUCCCAGAGCCAGAGAUUGUUUUGCGCGCCAUUGUUGAUGUCAAUUUGCCAAAAUUCCUCGAACAGGAUAUUUCCCUCUUUAUUGGCAUCUAUAUGGAUCUCUUUCCAGGCGUCGAGCUGCCCAUGCCGCAACGAGACGACAUCCUCAAGUGGCUGCGUAUUAAUCUGGCGGAACGAAAUCUGCAGGCCACACCUUGGUAUUUGGAGAAAAUACUGCAGAUAUACGAGAUGUUGCUGGUGCGGCACGGUCUCAUGAUUGUGGGCGGUUCAAUGGGCGGGAAGACCACAGCCUACCAGAUCCUUGCUCAGACGCUGCGGAAUGUGGCAUUUGAUGAGGAUGCGACGCUCAAGGAAUUUCCGGUGGUCUUUCGCAUUAUAAAUCCAAAGGCCAUAACAAUGGGACAACUAUAUGGACGAUUUGAUCCCAUCUCACAUGAGUGGUCCGACGGUGUGCUGGCCAAGACAUUCCGGGAACAGGUGCAGGGACCUAAAACUGAACGUGCCUGGGUCAUGUUCGAUGGUCCUGUGGAUGCCGUGUGGAUCGAGAACUUGAACACGGUGCUCGAUGACAACAAAAAGCUGUGCCUGAUGUCCGGCGAGAUCAUGCAGAUGACCAAGCUGAUGAACAUGAUGUUUGAGCCCGCCGAUCUGGAGCAGGCUUCCCCUGCGACCGUUUCCCGUUGUGGCAUGAUUUACAUGGAGCCCUCGCAGCUGGGUUGGCGCACCUUCCACAAGAGCUUCACCCAUGUGCUGAUCAACAUCAUUGGACUCAACGAUAUCUACAUGACGCUCUUUGAGGACAUGGUGGACUGGUUAAUCCCGGCUGCCUUGGAUUUUCUGCCACGUUGCAAGCAAAUGCUGGAAUUGUCACCACUUUAUCAGUACCAGAUCUUCUCACGCUUCUUCCUGCACUUCCUCGAGAAGCACAAGGUCUUCAAUCAGACGUGGUUCCAGCAAAUGUUCCUCUUCUGCUAUGCCUGGGCAUAUUGCUCCGCUCUGACUGGAGCUGGUCAACGCACCUUCGACACGCUGCUCCGCAAGGUCAUCUAUGGCUCCAAUGAGGAGUUUCCUAAGCCCAAAUACUUCUCCUUGAAUCGCGGACAAAUGUUCCCCGAGAAACAGGUCUUUCUCGACUAUCGCUUCGAUGAAGCUGAAAACUGGUGGACGUGGCAAAAGUCCUCAGAUGAUCCCUCGUCUGGCAGUGCCAAUUUCCCGGAGCAUGCUCAGAUCAGUGAGCUGAUUGUGCCGACCAAGGAAACGGGUUACAUAUCCUAUUGGCAGGACUUCUGCACUGCCAAAUCCUACGGCAUGCUGGUCGUCGGUCCGACGGGAACGGGCAAAAGCGCCAUUAUCACCAGCAAUCUGCUGAGCAUGCCCAAGUUCGCCAAUCUGAUUAAUAUCAUCAACUUCUCGGCACGCACCUCGGCUCAAAUGGUGCAGGACACCAUCAUGAGUAAGCUGGAUCGACGACGCAAGGGCGUCUUUGGGCCAGCACUUGGCAAGAAGUGCAUAGUCUUCUGUGAUGAUGUUGCCAUGCCCGCCAAGGAUACUUAUGGCUCACAGCCGCCGCUGGAGCUGCUGCGAACGUGGCUGGAUCAUGGCUACUGGUCGGAUCUGAUAGACACGACCAAAAUAGAGCUGGUUGACAUGACUCUGGUCUGUGCCAUGGGCCAAUUGGGCGGCAGUAACUUUAUCUUUCCGCGUCUCUAUCGCCACAUGUUCGUUGUGGCCGUUGACUCCUUUGAGGAUGCCACCAUCAUUCGAAUAUUCACGACAAUUGGUGAUUGGCACUUUGCCAAGGGUUAUCCCGAGAAGGUGGCGCUGCUAUCGCGUGGCUUAGCGGAGGCAAUGGUCAGCGUCUAUCGCGAGGCAAUGCGCAUCUUCUUACCAACUCCGGCCAAGUCGCAUUACACCUUCUCGCUGCGGGACAUAACGCGCGUCUUCCAGGGCAUUGUGAUGGUGCCGCCAAAGCGUAUGCCGGAUCCGGAAAAGCUUGGUCGUUUGUGGGCGCAUGAAACUUAUCGUGUGUUUUAUGACCGCCUGAUUGACCAACUGGAUCGUGACCGUCUCCUGACCAUGGCUGUUGAUGCCUGCAAGAAUUGUAUGCGUUUCUCCCUUGAAGCUGCAUUCGCUGAACGCAUUGAACCGGGCGAAAAACUCAGCGAUAAUGAUCUGAGAAAUCUCUUCUAUGGCAACUAUAUGGAGCCAGAUGCCGAGCCCAAGUUCUACGAUGAAUGCGAAAGCUACGAGAAGCUGGAGAAGCUCAUGAAGUAUUAUUUAAGGGAAUACAAUUCGUUUUCCAGCACUCCAAUGGAUUUGGUCAUGUUCAGAUUUGCCAUUGAGCACGUUAGCAGGGUUUCUCGUGUGCUGCAAAUGCCAAGGGGCAACAUUCUCAUGGUGGGCAUGGGAGGAUCUGGAAGACGAAGUUCUUGUCGACUCGCAGCACACAUAGCCGACUGUCGUCUGAUGACCGUCCAGGUGUCCAAGUCGUAUACGAUUUCCGAUUGGCGCGAUGAUUUAAAGAAGAUACUAAUGGCAUCAAGUUUCAACUUGAAUCACACUGUAUUUCUAUUCUCCGAUGCCCAGGCAACGGAUGAGGGCUAUGUGGAGGAUAUCAAUGGCGUACUUAAUACCGGUGAUUUGCCAAAUCUCUAUCAACUGGAGGACAAGGCGUCCAUUAUGGAGAAUAUGGCAAAUGUGGCCAAGCAAGUGGGUAAAGUACUCGACUCGCUGCCAAGUGAGGUGUAUGCCUAUUAUAUUGAAAGGAUUAGGGAGCAACUGCACAUUGCAUUGGCCUUCUCGCCCAUUGGGGAAUCCUUCAAGGAGCGCAUACGUGUGUAUCCCUCGUUGAUCAAUUGUUGCACCAUCGACUGGUACAUGCCCUGGCCAGAGGAGGCACUGUCUCGUGUGGGCAUCUACUUCGUCACCUCCAUGAAUCUGAAUCGACCGCUCGAGGAUGAGAAGGAGGAGGUUGCCAUAUCGGCAACGCCAUCGGCCCGUCCCUCUGAGGAGGUUCCCGAGGGCGGCAAGCGGGAGACCAUGGGCGAGGUGGAGCGGGAACUCAGCCAACUGGAGGAGGAUCUCGUCUACUGUGUCAUGUACUUCCAUCAAUCCGUCGUGGAUGCCAGUGAAAAGUGUUAUCUGGAGCUGAGUCGUCGUAACUAUGUUACUCCCUCCGCUUAUCUGGAACUGCUCAAGGCCUUUCGCACUUUCUAUGCCCGCAAGCUGGACGAGAUUACCAGACUGCGCGACAGAUACACCACGGGUCUGGAGAAACUAGACUUUGCCGCCAGUCAGGUGGGAGAGAUGCAGGCGAAUCUCUACGACUUGCAGCCCAAGUUGAAAGUUCUCUCCGAGGAAACGGAUCGCAUUAUGGUAAACAUUGAGCGUGAGACGGCGGAGGCUGAGAAGAAGAAGGAAGUCGUGGGUGCCGAUGAAGCGGCGGCCAAUGAAGCAGCUGCUGCUGCCCAGGCCAUCAAAGAUGAUUGCGAAACGGAUCUGGCUGAAGCUAUACCCGCCAUGGAGGCGGCUUUGGAGGCGCUUAACACCUUAAAGCCCGCUGACAUUGGUGUGGUCAAGUCCAUGAAGAAUCCACCCUAUGGUGUCAAGCUAACCCUGGAAGCGGUGUGUGUUCUGAAAGGCAUUAAACCGGAUCGCAAACCCGAUCCUAGUGGACACAUGGUGGAGGAUUAUUGGGGUCCCUCCAUGCGCAUGCUCAGCGACAUGAAGUUCUUGGAAUCCCUAAAGACUUUUGAUAAGGAUAACAUUCCUCCAGCUAUCAUUAAGAAAAUUCGCGAUAAAUAUAUAGCCGAUCGCGACUUUGUGCCUGAGAAGAUCAAGGCUGCCUCCAUGGCCUGCGAGGGUAUCUGUCGUUGGGUUCGUGCCAUGGAUGUCUAUGACAAAGUUGCACGCAUCGUCAUGCCCAAGAAGGCGGCCUUGGCCGAGGCCGAAGGGGAUUUGUCCCAGCAAAUGGAGAAGCUCAAUGCGAAGCGAGCCGAGCUGCAAGUCAUCUUGGACAAGCUACAGAAGCUCAACGAUUUCUUUGCGGAGAAAUCGCGUGAGAAGAAGAGACUGGAGGACGACAUUGAGAACUGCGAGAAGAAGCUCAACAGAGCUGAAAAACUUUUAGGCGGCUUGGGAGGCGAGAAGACACGUUGGUCGGAGGCAGCCAAGCAUCUGCAUGAAUCUAUUAGCAAUAUUGUGGGUGAUGUGCUGCUCGCUGGUGGCUGUACCGCUUACCUGGGCUUCUUUACCACCGAGUACCGAGCCAACAUUUUGGAAGACUGGAAUGCUGUGUGCCUGCGACGACAUAUACCCAGCAGUGAGACCUUCUCAUUGGCCACCACAUUGGGUCAUCCGAUGACCAUACGUGCCUGGUCAUUGGCCGGAUUGCCGGCGGACAAUUUCUCCGUGGAGAAUGGCAUCAUUGUGACAAAUUCAAGUCGUUACUCGCUGCUCAUCGAUCCACAGGUGCAAGCCAAUAAAUGGAUUAAGAAUAUGGAAAAGAACAAUAAUCUUAAGGUGGUCAAGCAAACCGAUUCCAACUAUAUGCAGGUCUUGGAAUUGGCCUUAACAUAUGGCCAACCUGUGCUCAUCGAGAAUGUGGGUGAAAAACUGGACUCGAAUCUGACGCCCAUAUUGGAAAAGAAUAUUAUUAAGCACAAGGGCGGUCUGUUUAUAAGAAGUGGCGAUACAAUGAUUGAAUACAAUCCCGACUUUCGUCUUUACAUAACGACAUGUCUGCGCAAUCCGCAUUAUCCGCCGGAAGUGAUGGUUAUGGUAACAGUAUUAAAUUUCAUGAUAACGGAGCAAGGAUUACGCGAACAAUUGCUAGCGAUUGUGGUGGCACACGAGCGUCCCGAUUUGCAAGAGAAGAAGGAACAAUUGAUUAUUGAAUCCGCAAGGAAUCGUGAUGCAUUGUACACCAUUGAAUCCAAGAUAUUAGAGGUACUAUCCACUUCGGAGGGCAAUGUGCUGGAGGAUGAGAACGCCAUCAACAUACUCUCGUCCAGUAAGAUUCUAUCCGAGGAUAUUCAGGAGAAGCAGGUUAUUGCAGUGGCCACUGAGAUUGAAAUCGAUGCGGCACGCCAACAAUAUAUUCCCGUGUCCAAGCACUCGGCCAUUCUAUUCUUCUGCAUCAGCGAGCUGGCCAAUGUGGAUCCCAUGUAUCAGUAUUCCUUGGCCUGGUUCCUCAAUCUGUUCGUCAACACCAUUCUGAAGGCACCCAAGUCCACUGUGCUCGCCGAGCGUUUGAAUAAUCUCAAUGAUUACUUCACCAAAUCCAUCUAUACAAAUGUCUGUCGCUCACUGUUCGAAAAGGAUAAGUUGGUCAUCUCGCUGGUCAUGUGUCUGGGUAUUCUGGUUUCCCAGGGUCGUGUGGAAAAGGAUGAGCUCUUGUUCUUCCUAACCGGCGGCAUUGGCUUCAAGAGUCUCAUACCUAAUCCCUAUAGCGAAUGGUUGCCUGACAAGGCCUGGGCUGGAGUCUUUCGUGCCAGCGAUUUGGACGGCUUGAAGAACUUCCAUCUGAAAAUAGCGAAUAAUAUUCCGGGCUGGCGUGAUUAUUACGAUGCUGUCAAUCCUCAAGAUUUGCCACUGCCCUCGCCCUACGAUAAAAUUAAUGAUAUGCUCCAUUUGAUCGUGCUGAAGAGUCUGCGGCCAGAUAAGUUGGUGCCAGCUGUGAGAGCUUUCAUCACACGUAACCUGGACAAGUCGUUUGUGGAGCCGCCGCCAUUCGAUUUGGGCGCCUCGUUUGCGGACAGUUCACCGAAAAUUCCGCUGGUGUUUCUGCUAUCAGCUGGCUCUGAUCCCAUGGCCAGCCUCUUUAUGUUCGCCAAACAACGCAACAUGUACGAGAAAUUGAAAACCAUAUCGUUGGGUCAGGGUCAAGGACCGCGUGCGGAAAAGAUGAUCACGGAGGCAGCGCGACACGGUCAAUGGGUCGUAUUGCAGAACUGUCACGUCGCCUUCAGCUGGAUGGGCGACUUGGAGCGCAUAUGCAAUGAUACCACACUAACGGAUGGGGCCAACAGUGACUAUCGUCUCUGGUGUACAUCAUAUCCGAGCUCUGUGUUCCCCGUCUCUGUGCUCCAGAACUCGGUCAAGAUGACUAACGAGCCACCCAAGGGACUUCGGGCCAACAUGCAUCGUUCGUUCACAUCGGAUCCCCUGAUGCGGGACAAGUUCUUUACGAAUGCCUUUCUCUUCUCCGACUCGGCCAACAAGUGUUGGCUACGCGGCGUAUUUGCCUUGGUCUUUUUCCAUGCUGUUGUCCAGGAACGACGCGAGUUCGGUCCACUUGGCUGGAACAUACCCUAUGAAUUCAAUGAAUCGGAUCUGAAAAUUUCUUUGUUGCAGCUGAAAAUGUUUAUCACACAGACGCACAGCAUACCCUUCCGCGGACAUGUCUAUCUGACCGGUGAGUGCAAUUACGGCGGUCGUGUCACCGAUGACAAGGAUCGUCGACUGAUAUUAUCCUUGCUGAAUAUGAUUUACAAUAACAAUACUAUUGAACAGGAUAAUUAUGCCUUGUCUCAGUCGGGCAAUUAUUGUGUUCCUUUGAGUCCUACGAAACUGAACUCUAUUGAGUAUAUAGGCACUUUUCCUCUGAGUCCACAACCGGAGGUUUAUGGUCUACACGAGAAUGCCGACAUCAAUCGCAAUGUUAAGGAAACUAAUGCGCUCAUAAGCGGCGUGCUCUUGACCCAGACCGAUCUGAUGGCAUCGGUUAAGGCCAGCUCGGCAGGCGGUGCUAAAGAGGAUCCUGCCAUAGCCAUCUGCAAGGAGCUCUUGCUGCGUUUGCCCGAGGAAUUCGAUUUGGAAGAGGUGUCCAAGACGUAUCCCGUCAUCUAUACGAAUUCAAUGAAUACAGUGUUGCGACAGGAGUUAAUACGAUUCAAUCGCCUGUUGUCCUAUAUACGCAAGAGUCUCGUGAAUGUCGGCAAAGCUGUCAAGGGACAGAUUGCCAUGAUACCCGAAUUGGAGCGGACUCAUGCCUCCAUGAUUAUAGGCAAGUUGCCGGCGGAUUGGCUGAAAAAGAGCUAUCCCUCGCUGAAGCCAUUGGGUAGCUACGUGACCGAUUUCCUAGCCCGAUUGGCUUUUUUCCAGUCGUGGAUCGACAACGGCGAACCAAAUGUAUACUGGAUAUCUGGUUUUUAUUUCACCCAGUCCUUCAUAACGGGUGUGCUUCAGAACUAUUCGCGUAAGAAUCGCUUCCAAAUCGAUAUGAUCAACAUUGAGUUUGCUGUUACCAAAUUCGAGACUCAAACCUCGCAGGUAGCUGACAUAGGCGCCUAUAUUAGGGGUAUUUUUAUAGAAGGCGCUCGCUGGAAUCGCAAGACUAGAGAAGUUGAUGAAUCUUUCUCCAAGAUUUUGUUCGAUACUCUGCCCGUAAUCUAUCUGCGUCCGGUGCUAAGAUUGCCGGAUGAGAUACCGCGUGGCAGUGGUGGUGAGGAGGAGCCACGUGGUAGCGGUGGGGCGGAAACAGGUGCAAUAUACGACUGUCCCGUCUACAAAACCAGCGAACGUCGCGGUGUUCUCUCCACCACCGGCCAUUCUACAAAUUUUGUGAUGUACCUGCAGUUGAGAUGCUCCCAGACUCCGAUGCAUUGGAUUAAUCGGGGCACGGCAUGCCUCUGCCAGUUGGAUGACUAAAAGUUGACCUACGGGCAUCCUGGACUCUCGAAACCGGGGACGGAUGUGCCAUACCAAGCGACGAUUUAUAUACGAUUUACAUUUGCCACGGGGAACUGAAACUGGAGCCGAGACUGGAACAUGGACUGAGGCGACUGCCUAUAUUUUUAUGGAUAUACAUAUAGUAUUAAACUGGCAUCAAGAGAAGCGUCUGACCCGUUUGGAAACCUACAUAUGUGGAUAUAUACACAGUUAUAUAUAUAUAUAUAUAUAUAUAUAUAUACUUUGAUUCUUGCGUUAUUUUUGUUGUGCCAGGAAGCGCAGAAAGCGAAUUCUCUCCCCGAUUCUAUUUGUUUUUGUCCGUUUUUCCGCAUGGGUAUUGGGCAAUGCGCAGUGGCAUUUUGAUGAUGAUGUUGAUUGCCAGAUAUAAAUUAAAUAUGCAGAAUACUGUAGAGCAAUGGUUGAAUAUAUAUUUUUUAUGUGCGCCAUUUACAAAAUGAAUAAAUGACAAAAUAAACCAGGAG